AGGUGAAGCCCUUCUAGGUGAAUUGUCCAAAGCUGGCGGAAAAAGAACAUCCAUAUGGCGAAAUAGCGAUUUGAAAGCCUGGCAAGCCUGAGACGAACAUCCAGUCCCGGAAUCACAGACAGCACUUUAGGAAUCAGGAUGAGUAAAUCUAAUGAAAAGAUGGCGGACGAGAAGCCCGAGGUGAUCAAAGUAAACAAGUGGGAUGCGUCGGUGGUCAAGAAUGCCCUAGAUGAUGGCGUCAAGGAGAUGUUGAUUAGCAAACGGGGAUUCGAGGAGGAUUAUACUCUCAUCGAUCGGCGUCUUUGGAUCUGUAGCAUCGCUGUGGGCGUGGCCAUGUUUGCCCUGGUCUGGGACUAUCUCCACCCUUUUCCGGCCUCCCGGCCUAUUUUGAUCGGAUGUGUGGGGGGAUACUUCUUCCUGAUGGGCGUGUUGACCUUGUAUACCACGUAUUUUGAGAAGGGUACCUUUUUAGUGGCCCAGGAGCGAGAUCCGGCGGGUUUGGAUUCGGCUUGUCGAUGGGAAGCCUCGUCGCAUAUGGAGAAAUUCGAUGACAUGUACCAACUGGUUUUGACCGUUUGUGAUGGUGAAAACCAAAAAAGCCGGACGGACUCUUUCAAUCGCUCGUGCGGGGAAUUCAUCGACGAGAACGGAGUGGUGUGCCUGGAUCUGGUGGACUCCGCUGUGGACAAGCUGGUUCGGAGCUUGGAAAGUGGCAAGAAGGACUCGUAAAACGCGAAUCGGAAAGACAUGAGCUUCUCUGGCACCGGCGUGUUUCUUGAAUUCCUCUUCGCUUAGUAUUUCCUCAAUGUGUUUGUUCUUUCUUAUCCUAUGAACGGUUAUCUUCAGCCAAAUAGAUCGUCCCACAAGUUUUUUGGGCUCUUGUAAAAUCAA